UAAUCUAAUUUAGCUGCAAGACAAACAUGCCCCACUCAGUAGUCAGUCCCAUUUAACGGAGGAUCCAAGGCAGCUUCUUUUGGUGGAGCUAUAUAUAUAUAUAUAUAUAUAUAUAGAGUUAGGGAGAGAAAGAGAAAGAGAGAGAGAGAAAAUGGUAGGACCUGGGAGACCGCAGAUUGUGCUGUUCGGGUCGUCGAUAGUGCAGUUCAGUUUCAGUCACGAGGGUUGGGGUGCGAUUCUCGCUGACAUCUAUGCUCGUAAGGCAGACAUAAUCCUGCGAGGCUACUCUGGUUGGAACUCAAGGCGUGCUCUCGAAGUCCUGGAUAAAAUUUUCCCAAAGGAUGCCUCUGUUCAGCCUGAUUUGGUUAUAGUCUACUUUGGUGGUAAUGAUUCGGUUCAUGCUCACCCGUCUGGCCUAGGCCCUCAUGUACCUCUCCCUGAAUAUAUUGAAAACAUGAGGAAGAUUGUUAUUCAUCUCAAGAGCCUUUCGGAGAAGACACGUUUAAUCUUUCUUGGUGCUCCUCCAGUCAAUGAGGCAAAAAUUCGUGAAUUUUUGAGUGGCAAAUUUGAUAAGCUUGGUCGGACAAAUGAAUCAUGUCGAAUAUAUUCAGAAGCUUGUAUAAAGCUGUGCAGGGAGAUGGAUGUGAAGGCCAUUGAUCUUUGGACUGCACUUCAGCAAAGGGAUGAUUGGUUGACUGCUUGCUUUACUGAUGGAAUCCAUUUAUCGUCUGAGGGAAGCAAGAUAGUGGUGGAAGAAAUACUGAGAGUCCUGAGAUUGGCUGAUUGGAAGCCAAGUUUGUACUGGAAGUCAAUGCCAACUGAAUUUUCUGAGGAUUCACCGCAUGACUUUGUCGGUCCCAACGGUAAGACUGUUAACGUCUCUGAAAUUAGCGUUCACGGGAAAAUUCAGUGGGACUAGGUACAGAUACUGGCUGAAUACUCUAAUUUAGUAUAUGCAUAUAUAAUUUUUACAAUCCCAUUUGUGGGAAAUGCUUGUUGAAGUGUUGAAAUAGUAUCCAAGACUAUAUAGUCUUAGGGUCAAUUUCAUUCCAACGAGUAGACCAUAUUUUCCUGAUUUUGUAAUUGAGUAAUAACCUAUGAUGGAAAGGUUUCUUUUCAUAAAUAUAGUAUCAUGCAUAAUUUUCAAGUUA